AUGUUGUUGCCAUGGGAACUGUUAAUCCUUCUGUCACUCAAAGUCUGCCUUGCUGAGAGAAACCCUCGCCAUGGACCCAUCUUCAGUCAAGAACCAAGUGACAGCAUUUUCCCCUUGAGGUUUGAGGACAACAAGGUGUUCAUCAAUUGUAAAGCAAAGGGGAACCCAGCCCCAUAUUAUAAAUGGAAGGUUGAUGGGAGAGAGAUUGACAUGGAUUUGAACUAUAACCUGGUUGAAGGAAACCUGUUGAUCAAUAACCCUCAUGCAACACAUCAUGGGGGGGUUUACCAGUGUAUCGCUACCAAUACCUUUGGAACCAUCAUCAGCAGGGAGGCCAAGGUGCAGUUUGCAUAUCUACAGAAUUUCAGCAGAAAGCCCAGGAACACAGUGUCAGUGAGAGAAGGCCAGGCAGUGGUGCUACUGUGUGGCCCUCCACCCCAUAAUGGAGAGAUCAAAUACUCAUGGGUUUUCAACGGACGCCCAAGUUUCCUGCUGCAGGAUACCCGUCGCUUCAUCUCCCAGAGGACAGGCAACCUGUACAUCGCCAAAGUGGAGGCCUCUGAUGUGGGGAACUACACGUGUGUGGUGAGGAACAUGAUGACCAACGCCACCGUUUACAGCUCGCCCACCCCCGUGGAGCUGCGCAGGGACGCUGUAAUGGCAGAGUAUGAGCCAAAGAUCGAAGUUCAGUUCCCAGAAAGUCUUCAUGUCACCAAAGGAUCAUCAGUGAAACUGGAAUGCUUCGCCUUAGGAAACCCAGUCCCUUCCAUCACAUGGAGGAGAACAGAUGGGAAUCCCCUCCCUGGCAAGAUGAAAAUCAACCAUUCCAAUGGGGUCCUGGAAAUACCAUAUUUCAGACCGGAGGAUGCUGGUGCAUAUGAGUGUGUUGCAGAGAACUCCAGAGGAAGAAACGUCGCCAAGGGGCAACUCAUAUUCCAGAAUGUGGAACAUCUGCACUGGGUCCAGACGUUAAGAGAUGCUCAUAUGGCUAUGGAGGCCAGUCUUCAGUGGGAGUGUAGGGCGAGUGGCAAACCUAAACCCGUGUACAGAUGGCUGAAGAACGGGGAGCCCCUGGUGUUGGAGGACAGGAUACUUUUAGAAGGUGGACGAUUGGCCAUAUCCAGGAUCAACCUGUUGGACUCUGGGAUGUACCAGUGCCUGGCAGAGAACGAACAUGGAGCCAUCUAUGCCAGCGCUGAACUCAAGGUUGUAGCCUCUGCACCUGACUUCUCCAAGAGUCUUGUGAAGAAGUCCAUGCUGAUCCAGAGAGGGGGGGAGGUGAUAAUGGAGUGCCGUCCCCAUGCGUCCCCAAGGGCCUCCAUCUCCUGGCGGAGAGGGGGAGAGUUUCUGAAGGACAGCAGGCGACGGACUAUUAUGGAGGAUGGAACUCUCCGUAUCACCAACAUCAGCCAAUCAGACGGAGGGAGGUACACCUGUGUGGCCAGGAACCCCUUUGGGACAUCAAGCAGUACUGGUACUCUGGUGGUGAAAGAGCCAACCAAGAUAACGGUUCCACCACUGAGUGUGGAUGCCACUGUGGGACAGAGCAUCGUGUUGCCAUGUGAAGUGUCCGGAGACUCCUCCCUGGAUCCCACCUUUAAGUGGUUCUUCAACGGCAAACUCAUUGAUUUUAACAAACAGGACCACUUUGAGAUGAUAGGAGGGGAAUCAGCUGGUGAUCUGAUGGUCAGGAAUAUUCAGCUAAAGCAUUCUGGGAAGUAUGUGUGCAUGGUUCACACCGUGGUGGACAGUGUCUCAGCAGCAGCCGACCUCAUUGUCAGAGGACCACCCGGUGCCCCAGAGGGCCUCAUGGUGGGGGAGAUCACUGACUCCAGUGCCCAGCUCUCCUGGGGGUCUGGGCCAGACAACCACAGCCCUGUCACCACAUACAGCAUCCAGGCCAGGACCCCCUUCUCCAUCGGCUGGCAGGCCGUCAGGACAGUUCCUGAUUCUGUGCCUGGACAGAUGUUUCAUGCAACGGUGAUAGAUUUAAACCCCUGGGUGGAUUAUGAAUUCAGGGUGGUGGCUAUCAACAAUGUGGGUGUUGGAGAGCCCAGCAUGCAAUCCAAGCAGAUUCGAACGAAAGCAGCAGUUCCUGAAGUAGCACCGGGUAAUGUGAGUGGAGGAGGAGGUAGCCGAGGAGAACUGGUUAUCCAAUGGGAGCCGGUACCAGAGGAACUACAGAAUGGAGAGGAAUUUGGAUAUAUUGUGGCUUUUCGUUCUCUUGGUACAACCACGUGGAAACAGACUGUGCUGCCUUCACCUGAUGCAUCAAGAUACACCUUCAGGAACGACAGCAUCCCUCCCCUCUCCCAAUUUGAGGUGAAAGUUGGAGUCUACAACAACGAAGGAGAAGGCCCAUCUAGCCAUGUGGUUGUAGUGUAUUCUGCAGAGGAAGAGCCCUUUAUAGCUCCGUCCAGAGUGUUGGCCCGGGCGCUAUCAGCCUCUGAAAUCGAGGUGUACUGGGAACCCAUCCCCCAAACAGCCAGCAGUGGGAAGACCAUUGGAUAUGAGGUGCUUUGUUGGGAGGAGGGGGUGCAGGAGAGUGAUGCUGAGAUCGUGAAGGUCACGGAUACUGUGGCCCUUCUCUCUGGACUCAUGGGAAGUACAUUGUAUCUGAUCUCAGUCAGGGCCCAGAACAGUGCUGGAGCAGGGCCUUCUAGCCCUGCAGUCAAUGUCACCACCAAGAAACCACCACCAAGUCAACCUCCAGGGAAUAUUGAGUGGAACUUGACCAACUCCAAGAUCUUUUUAAAGUGGGAGCAUGUCAAGGCAAUGGGAAAUGAGUCUGAGGUGACAGGAUACAAGGUGGUGUACCGUCAGAACUGGCUUGGAAAGAGCAGCAUGGUGGAGACCAACAGGACCAGCGUGGAGCUGCAAGUCCCCUCUGGCGAGGACUACCUCAUUGAGAUCAAAGUCUUGAGUGGUGGAGGUGAUGGCAGCAGCAGUGGCCCCAUCAGGAUACCAAAGAUGUCCAGUCUUAACUCAAAGGGCCAUUUCAGCUCAGCUCCAAUGAACAUUUGUGUAGUUAUGUUUUUUACACUUUCAAGGUUAACUUUGUAACUUAAAAUGCCUUUUAUAAACUCUAACUUUGAGAAUCAUCUACUCAUCAAAGUAUGUGGCAGAUUAUAACAAACUGAUAUUUUAUGUGUAGCAUUCACUUCUCAAGAAUGUGAAAUCAACAGCUUACUAUUUAGAGUAUUCACUGUUACAAAUUGCCUUAUAUUUGGAUGCAGCUUUGUAUUAAUUUGUCAACCAAGCUUUUGAGUGUUUUAUUUCACUAGAUAUUAUGCAGAAAGGUCAGGCUUUACAUAUGAGAAGAUUGUUCUAAUGUUUGACAAUCUACAUGAGCCUGGGCUAUUUGUGUCUCAUCCCUGUGUUCUAUGUGCCCUGUUUAUUUGUUAUUGUACAGUAAAUGUUCUGUUAGGAUGACUCAACUGUUGAAACGACCAUGGUUCAUUCAGAGGUUGUCCUUUAAUUUCUUCAUGAAGCACAGUUACUGUAUAUGGUUUGUCUGGCUGCUGUCAAUAUUCAGCAAAUUCGGUGAAAAAAUAUCAAAGUUCUGUGGUAUUUGGACAUUCUUGAGGUUUUACAUAUUCUAUCAUCAACAUUUAACAGCAUCAUCAUGGUCAAUAUGACCAUCACAGACAUACUGGAUCAAUAUACAGAACUUGUUGAUAGCUGGGGAAGAUUGUAUAACAGGUUCCAUUCAUUUAACUCUUUCUCCAUUUUCAAUUGUUUGGUAAUCAAGAUACUUCAAGUUGUGUGCUUGAUAGCUUAUUUUUUGUUUAUUUACCAUAAAUGUGAUAUAGAUGUUGCAUAAGCCUUUUAAUACUAUUGUAUUAACAAACUAAAUGUAUCUCUGUGAGAUGUUAUUGAGACUGAAUAAAAUGUUUCACAUUGAAAUGUC